GAGUUAGUGAAGGGCGAAGAAGAUGGGAAGGUGAGAGAAGUGUUAGAGCUGUUGGAGAAUCAGAUGAAGGAGAUUGUAGAGUGUCCUGACACUGAAAUGGAGGAGAAAACCAAAAAGCUCAGGCAAGCUUGCUUCAAGGCCAAUUACAAGAAGAGGAAGCUCGUCAUCGGCGGCGGCGGCGACAUUAAUCUCCAACACCCGAAACCUUCCGCGGCGGCCUCCAUGUCAUCUGCCUCCGGCGUUUUUAACUUCUCCGGCGGUGCCCAAGUUGAUGCUACGGCGGCGGCUGAUUAUUAUUACGAGGAAGACCCUGAAAUUAAUUCUCUCUUACAUUGCUUCUCUUCCUCCUCAUCUUCUUCUACUCC